AUGUCGAUGAAUUAUCAAUCAAUUGGCAACAAUAAUGAGGCUAGUAUAGCCAUGCUGGGCCUUGAUCGGAUGAAACAACCCUAUCACGCACAUGCGCAACGAGGUCUUGGUGAAGUCAUGUUCACCACUCAUAUCAUCAGCUCUGAACACGUCAAUUGUUCUGGACAGCAGAGCAGAGGUCCCUUAAUAUCAAAAGGUGCCUAUCAUUAA